AACGUCAUAGACAUGUGUAUGACAAAAAUGGUUGCCAUUUACCAGCUGGCACUUAUUUUUUAAUUACAUAUUAACCAAUAUACUUUUUAAUAAAGUGUAGUGGUAUGGCGUCGGUUUUAGAUUUGGUAAAACAUUACCAACAUUCUAUAGAGAAAUACCCGAAUGAUGAGCAAAAAGUUUUAAAAUGUAUAGACAAGUUGUAUAACUUGACUGUGACGGUUCAACACUUACAAGAAACAGGCGUAGGUCGCACUGUAAAUGCUCUUCGUAAAGAACCUGGUGAUGUGGGCCAAGCAGCCCGAGCACUUGUUUACAAAUGGAAGACAAUGGUAGCAGCUGAAGAAAGUGACCAAGAAGAACACAAAAAUGACACUACUAACUAUAAUGGACAUGAAAAUGGAAAAUACUAUGAGAAUGAUUCAAGUGAUUCUAGAAGUAAGCAUGACAAGCGUGAAAAAUCACAAAAAACACCAAAGACUGAAGAAAGACACCAUAAACACACAAAUGGAGAUUAUGGAAAUAAGAGAAAAUAUCAAAGCAGUGAGGACGAAGAAUCUGAGACAAAAAAAUGUAAAUACUCAAGUACAAAAGAUAAUGGUUAUAAAGUAAAAUCCGAAACAAAAACGGCACGAGAUUCAUCUGAAAGUGAAAUGGAUAGCCAAGCAGAUAGUUCUCAAAGUGAUUCUGAAAGUGAGGAUUCACAGUCAUCUGAAGAAGAAAGAAAACCCGAAAUCAAGAUGGUGAAAGAGAAUCACCAAUCUUCAUCAACUAAACAUUUAACAGGUAGUCAAGAUAAACAUAAACCUAAUUCUUAUUCCGACAUUUCAUUGGAAAAAUCAGAAAAACACCACACUACGAAUAGUUCAGACAUUAAAUCAUUACCCGAAAAACUAUCUUCAAAAGACAAGUCACAUAAUUCCCAUUCACAUAAGAGUUCCAAAGAAAGUGAACAUCAUAUGGAAAAAAAAGAAAGGGAACACAGGUCCUUAGAAAUAGAAAAAAGGCAUAAAAGCGAAUCUUCGAGCAAACAUUCAGAUAAACAUCGAUCCUCACAUAGCUCUGAAAAACAGAAGUCCAGUGGCAGUUCAGAUAAGCAUAGAUCCAGUAGUAGUUCGGAAAAACAAAAAAGCAACAGUAAUCCUGAAAAACACAGAUCCAGUAGUAAUGUAGAAAAGCAUAGAUCUAGUAGUAGUUCAGAUAAACAUAAAUCAAAUACAACAGAGAAACAUAAAAAUAAUUCGGAUAAAGCUCAUUCUAGCAAAUCUGAAAAAGAAAAACAUAAACUACCAUCUGAAAAGGAAAUUUCAAAUGAGAAACACAAGUCAAAAGAAAGUCGUAGUAGCAGUAAAGAUAAGCACACUUCAGCGAGUAGAGAGAAAACAAAAGAUAAAAGUAGUUCUUCAAAGGAAAAAGACCACAGUAGCAAAAGUGAAAAGAAACAUUCAUCAUCAAAAGAGUCGAAAAGUAGUGAUGAAAAAAGAAAAUCUGAAAGCAGUAAUCGAGAGAAAAGUAAUAGAAAGAGUAAAGAUAAAUCUUCAAGUAAGUCUAGUAGUAGUAAGUCUAAAGAUGGGGAACCAAAGAAAAAAGACGCUGGCGGGGAUAGCGACGAUGGCAUAGAUUGUGGCUCAGGUGCUAGCUUUGCUGAAGCAUUAGGCAUGGUAAGUCCUGCCAAGCCGAAAAAAAAAUCAGUUUUCACAAAGGAUAGUGCAUCGCCGAAUUCUAAUGAUGAUAUGAGUCCAGCUACUCUUUUAGCGCCAACUGCAAAACUGGCUCCGCUGCCAACACUAGAAAUAUCUGCACUACCGGAGAUAUCACCCAACUACAGACCCCGACCACCACCCAAAUUCCUGCCCCAUUUCACAGACGAAGAUGCCAUGAACGCCGGUAUAUCAUCUAAGAACCAAAGAACAAAAGUGUAUUCCGGCAACAAAGUAAUUGGCAAAAUUCCUACAUUAUACGAAAUGUGUGUGCAUAUACUGCAAGAACAUAUUGACUCACUUGAAUAUACUGGCGGUGUUCCAUAUGAUAUACUUAAACCUGUUGUCGAUCGAGCAACGGCGCAACAACUUUUUGUGUUGGAACACUAUAAUCCUUAUCUAAUGGAAGACACAGAUCAUCUUUGGCAGAAAUUUUGUGAAAAAAACUUCAGGAACAAAAAGCGACAGGAAAUGGAGACAUGGCGGGAAAUGUAUAUGAGAUGUCAAGAGGAACAGGAAAUUAAACUUAAGUCACUUACUGCUAAUAUUCGAAUAGCCCAAGAAGCGAAAAAAGCACCUAUCAAGCAAACUAAAAUGGCCUAUGUUGAUUCUGUUGUAAAACCACCGCGGAACGUUGCAAAAAAACAAGCACAACAUGGGACAGCUUUUGCAGCAACAGCCAGCCCCGCAGCCAGAGUGGCUUCAUUGGCUGCAGCACCAAAUGUCCUCCGAGGUGGACGACCUACACCUGUACCAACCGUAUCCACGUCAUCAUCUUUCAAGCCUAAGAAAGCUCCUCUUAUGCAGAAAGCCUUGCAGUUCUUACGUGGACGAAAACGAUGAUUAUUAUUACACCUUUUUAUCUCAGGGUAUGUUUUAAAGUUUCUGUCUUAUACAUUGAAUAAUGUCUAUUUAAUUCAAAUGUAGAAAUGGUAAUGUUAGAUUUCAAAACAUAAAGACUUUUUAUAAGAUCAUUCAUCAUGGUUUAUAGAAUUUAGAAUAUUAGAUGUCAUAAUUUAAAAUUAAUUAACAAUCUUUUGUACAUUAUUACCUAUAUGAAUAGAUCUAUUGGUAUUUGUCAACUCUCACUCUCACAAACAUUGUUAUGGUUUUUGUUAUAUAAAUGAAGUAACCAAAUCACAGAAAAAAAAGGCAUACAUUUUCGUAAGUGCUUAAAAUUAAAUAUUGCAACAGCCAAGCACUCAGACAAAACAAUUGCGUGAAUCAAAACGAUUUAUGAUAUUAUAUUGAUUUAAGAACACAGAAGGUAUUCUUGCAAGUUUGAUCAAAGUUAAAUUGUAAGCCAGACUGAUCUUUGUUGCAGAACGAAAUAUUUUUAUAUUUUGCAAAACAAGUUCAAUUUAAUUCAAAUUAAAAUACAUACUAGAUAAUUCUUAAAUAUGAAGUUAUAGUAUCCAUGCGAAAGCGCAAUUUUAUUACUAUUUGACUGAUGAUUUUUCAGUUAGGGUUACUGAAUUAUUUUGUUUCUCAUUAUUUAAAAAAUUGUAUAUAUUGAGAAAGUAGGAGAAGUAGUAUUAUAUUCGUUAAAAAAACAAUACAGACCCGACAGUGUAUUUACAUAACCCAACUAUUUGUCCAUGAGUUUCAUAUAUUAUUUAUUUUAUUAUUCCAUGCUUAUGCUUCGACUGGUAAAAAACUACUAAAACACAAUUUCAUUAAUUAAUUUAAAGAGAACUCUGAUGUUUCAGUUGUUAGACAUAAGGGCCAUGAGUACUUUUUUGGAAAUCUAAUUUAUUUUCAAUUAGGAGUAAAAUUUCAUAACCUUUUCAUUUGUUAAAGAAAUUUUAAAAAUAAAAAAUAAUAAUGGAGUGACUUUCAUUUACUAUUAACAAUAAUCAAUUUAUAUGAAUAAGUGUUGAGUUUUAAUGAAGCGUAAGUCUUAAACUUAAUUAUAUGCACAGCAUUUUCAAAUUCUAAGGGUAUAAUUAUGGGUAAUAAUUAUGGACUCAUAUUAAAAAAAUAA